AUGUCCCUCCACUGGAUAUCGAGGGUGCCGCCGGAAGUGGGUGACAGAGGAUCCCCUGCCUGGAACAGGGGAAGGAUUCAUUUCUCCGAGGCACCGCAACAAGUGGUGGAUGCUUACAGGUCACAGUUCGAGAGAGACAUGGAAGGGUUCCUGAAGGCAAGAGGUCAGGAGCUAGUUAGCGGAGGUAUGCUUGUGAUUGUUAUUGGUGGGGUACCCGACGAGACGCCUUACUCUGAGAUGCAGAGCAUCUUUAUGUUCGACUGCAUCAACCUCAGCAUCUUGGAUCUUGUUCGACAGGGGGUGUUGAGUGAGGACCAGCUGGACAGUUUCAACUUGCCCUUAUACUAUCCGCGGCCAACGGAGAUGAGAGAACUGGUUGAAAGGGACGGAUGCUUCAGCAUCGAGGAGUUGGAGCUGACAAGCUCCGUUUCGGUGAGGCUUCAGGGGAAGGUUGACGCGACACAGUGGGUGAGGGUACUGAGGGGUGUCCUAGAUGAAUUAUUCGUAAUGCAGUUUGGAAAGGAGUUGGCUGACAUAAUAUUUGAUGGGACGAUUGACAAGAUCACAGAGCGUGCACAAGUUUUAGAGUCAAGAUAUGGUGAAAAGAAUCUAUUGUACGUUGCUCUGAAGCGCAAGUGA